AUGGAUGGGGGCAAGGGAGUUACUGGCGAGCCUCAAGUGCGGGAAGGUAUUUCGACGCCAUGGCAGCCGAGGCAGCUGGCUUUCAAGCUAUAUCAAGCUGAUCACCGGUUGCAAACUGAGCGCGUUGUUGUAAAGAGACCUUUGGUGGCAAGAUUGACCAAAGACAUAGUUGAAACUUAUAAAAAGUGCAAUCCUCAAUUUAAAUAUUCAGAAGACUUAAAUCCCAAGAGAUACCUGACCAGUCCAUCAAUUGGAGUUCUCAAUGAUGGCCAUGAUAAUCUAAACUCGGAUCUUAUUUUGAGCGUGAAUUGCCCCUUGAUCAACCUCGAGACGCAAAGAAGAUACGUUGUCAAAGAUGUCCUUGGCCAAGGAACUUUUGGCCAGGUUGCUAAAUGCUGGGUUGCGGAAACUAACAGUUUUGUUGCAGUAAAGAUAAUUAAAAACCAACCAGCUUAUUAUCAACAAGCACUUGUUGAAGUAUCUAUUUUGACAACGCUAAACAAGAAGUAUGAUCCUGAAGAUAAGCAUCAUAUUGUCCGUAUCUAUGAUUACUUUGUCCAUCACCGGCACCUUUGCAUUUGCUUUGAAUUGCUCGACACAAACUUGUAUGAGCUUAUUAAGAUAAAUCAAUUUAGGGGGCUAUCUUUGAGCAUUGUUCAAUUAUUUUCCAAACAGAUCUUACGUGGAUUGGCCUUGUUGAAAGAUGCUGGUAUAAUCCAUUGUGAUCUGAAACCAGAAAAUGUUCUUUUGUGCACAAGUUUGAAGCCAGCAGAAGUUAAGAUAAUUGACUUUGGAUCAGCCUGCAUGGAGGAUCGUACAGUCUACUCUUACAUCCAGAGUCGUUAUUACAGGUCUCCUGAAGUUCUUCUAGGAUAUCAAUAUACUACGGCAAUCGAUAUGUGGUCUUUCGGAUGCAUUGUUGCAGAAUUGUUUCUAGGGUUGCCUCUCUUUCCUGGGGCCUCAGAGUUUGAUUUGUUAAGGCGAAUGAUUGAAAUACUUGGAGGACAACCUCCUGAUUAUGUGCUGAAGGAGGCAAAGAACACCAGCAAAUUCUUCAAAUGCAUUGGCAGCAUUUGCAACUUAGAGGGUGUUGAGGCCUCAUUGGGUGGCAGAACCGCGUAUCAAGCACUAACUAUAGAAGAAUAUGAAGCUAGAGAAUUGAAGAAGCCAUCUAUGGGGAAGGAGUAUUUCAAUCGUAUGAACCUUGAGGCUAUUGUGACAAACUAUCCCUACCGGAAGAACUUGGCACAAGAAGAUGUUAUGAAAGAAAGUCAAAUACGAUUAGCUCUGAUUGAUUUCUUGAAGGGACUUGUUGAGUUUGAUCCUGCGAAAAGGUGGUCACCAAUUCAGGCUUCGAAGCAUCCUUUUGUUACAGGGGAACCAUUUACAUGCCCUUAUAACCCUCCUCCUGAGACUCCUCGCAUGCCUGUCGCUCAAACUAUUAAGGUGGACCAUCAUCCUGGAGGUGGGCAUUGGUUUGCUGCUGGUCUAUCUCCUAAUGUUCAAGGCAAGAUGAGGAAUUCCAUGCAUGGCAGCCCACAUUUUCCGAUGGUCCCGUAUUCACAUGCAAGUAGCUAUGGCAGUGUAGGAAGCCAUGGCAGCUAUAAUGAUGGCUUGGGCCUUGGAAGUAGCUAUGGAAGUUAUGGAGAUAGCAACAAUAUGUUUGCAUAUUAUUCACCAGUUAAUCAUUCUGGAAUAAACAUGCAUGCACAGCACGGUCAGUCUAUGCUUGGUGGCAGUCCUGAUGCAAGGCGGAGAUUUGUCCAGUAUUCACAUGGGAAUGGGCUUGGUGUAAGCCCCUCAGCAGGGAAUUUUGCACCUUUUCCACUUGGUGCAAGCCCCUCACAGUUCACUCCUCCAGCCUCCUACAAUCAGGCUUCAGGUGGUUCUCCUGGACAUUAUGGCCCACCUUCUCCUGUAAGGAACAGUUGCCAUGGAUCGCCCUUGAGUAAAAUGACAGCAGCUACACAGUUCAAUCGGAGAAAAAAUUGGGGUUAUUCUGGAAGCACGCAGUCCCAAGAGAGUUCAGCUUCACAUUGGAAGGGACAACAUUUUGAGAAUCCCAGCUCUAUCCAAGUUGAGGGAAUUGCCUCGGCCCCUGGUAGUCAACCGUCACACCAGCGGCCAAAGUCUGGUACUGCAAGCUGGACGCAGCAACAAGGGGGCAGUUUUGUCCCAGGUCAAUCUUCAGUUCAAAAUGUGUCAGGCUCGUCGAGAUCUGGUACGAACAUUCCAUUGUCACAAAGCACUGGAUUAGAUCAUGACAAGCCUGAGGAUAACCUGUCAUUGCCAGAUCCUGGGGAUUGGGAUCCAAAUUACAGUGAUGAACUUCUUCUGCAAGAGGAUAAUUCUUAUGUCGGCUCCCUAAGUACUGAAUUCAGCAAAGGUGUCAAUCUUAAUUCUGGCAAUCAGCCAGGUACUCUAAGAAGAUCCAACCAUCAAUCAAACCCAAGCUCUUAUUCCUUAGUUCAAAGACAAAAUGGUUUUGUGCAAUCAUUUUCACAUGUCAACGUGGGAAGCCCUCCUUCAGCACACGAACUGCAUGCUGGUAGCUAUGGCCGUUCAAUGUCAAAGCCAUCCCAUUUCACACCCCAUCUUCCUCAGAACUCUCCAAGCCGACUAGGACAGCAAGCCAGUCAUCGUGGUACUCAUGGGAGACCUGCUUAUGGUGGGGAGUGGAAUCACAAAGUUCAGCCCCCACAGUCUAGCUUUAGUUCUGGGGGCCCACUUUCUCCUGGAAGUAGUUCAUACAACAAUGGGAUUCCCUGGGGGCGUAGGGCUAAUUAUCCAGGACCAAGCAUUCCUCCAGCAUCUAGAGGAAGAAAAGAUCAUGGAAGAAUUGUGUAA